CUGAGGCUAUAACUACGCGACAGGAUUGAGUAUAAAACUUGCGUCGUUUCAUCACGUGAUUCCUUUUGCUAUUUUGAUCUCAAAAGAUGGACGCUAGCCGCGUGCAGCCUAUUAAGUUAGCCAGAGUUACCAAGGUUCUGGGAAGGACUGGCUCCCAGGGGCAGUGUACCCAGGUUCGUGUUGAGUUCAUGGAUGACAGCAACCGGUCUAUCAUUCGUAAUGUCAAGGGGCCUGUUCGAGAAGGUGAUGUACUUACCUUGCUAGAAUCUGAAAGAGAAGCAAGGAGAUUACGUUAAUGGGUUCUGAAGACUGGAACUGGCCUGACCUGUCAUCUGCACCAGGCUGUGUAAUAAAUGAACAUUCGUGUUGCACUGUAAAAUAAAUCUUUUUCCAAA